CCGUGAACAGACGUUCGUUUCGUGUAGUGGCUCGCACGCGGAUCCUCCGUCAAUUGACCAUUGGAGGUGGAGAAGGAGGAAGCGGAUAAAAACUAGUAGCUGAUAAUUGGCGCGGAGGGUGCAGGCGGUAGGGCACCUGACCAAUUUAGCACUUGAAACACCGGAUGAAAAUUCUCUACCCGUAUGAAGCAAACUGUUGACGUGUCUCGUUCGAAGGGUUUGUCGCUAGCCAGUGUCCGGUUCUCUGGAAUAUUCCUCCGGCGAAGAAAAUAUUGAUGCAAGCGGUAGUGUAAUGAAGUCACUAUGCAUUGAGGAAAUGUCGUGAAAGUGAUCGUGCACUGUACAGAGAUAAUAAAGAUAACCUGUGGGAAGAAACCGUGAGGAUCUGGGAAAAUUGAUUUGUUGUGCAUACAAAAGAAAGUCAUAAAAGUGCGAGAAAAGUGAUUCGAAGAUUCGAGGGUAAAAUCUUUCAGCCAUAUUUAAGUUGCUUAACUUUUCGCCUGUUGUUUUUCUCUCGCUUGAAUCAAGUCGCUCUGCGGAUACGCCGGUAGUAAGAAAGAGCGCGAUAGAUACGUGAUCGGAAUGUGGUGCCCGUGAGGCCUUCGACCCAGUGAGUGUGUUUAUUUACGGGCAUAGCUCUGUGCAAGUGUGCGUGUCUGGAUUAAAAGAGAUCUGAACCUCAGCCUCAGGAAUAUUUGUGUGCUGUGUGUGGUGGGCUUCCUUCUCGUCCACCGGACAUUCUCGAAGUGUUUUUGGAUAAGUGGCUGUCGGUUUCGCACUGCCGGAUACCAGUUGUGUGACGUGGAUAGAUUCGUACUGUUUCGAAACAGAAGUUAAACUAGGGGAAACGAGUGGAAAAUCAAUCCGUUCUUUUCAAUCUGAAUGCUAGGAAGAAGUGAGUUCUUCUGAAGCAGAACCUCGAUCGUUCUUAUGAAAGUACGAAACAUGGGAGACUCGACGCCAAUCUGUCGCUGUCGUGUUCUCUAUCUCGGUAGUGCCGUGCCUCGACAGAGUAAAGAUGGUCUGCAAGGUAUUCAAGAGCCGCUCAGAUCCCUGUACCCCUCGGAAGGUGCAAUCGGUGCCAAAGGAAUCGACUCGUGGCUAAGUGUUUGGUCUAACGGUAUUCUGCUAGAGAACGUGGAUGAAAAUCGCAAGCAGGUCACGAGGUUCUUUCCGAUCGAUUCUUUGCACUACUGUGCAGCGGUUCGGCAGGUUUUAAUCCCGGAGCGGGGUAACAACAAUCCGGAACCGAAAUUUCUCCCGUUGGAUUCGCCAUUCGCGCGGACACCACGCGCUCAGCAUCCGCCGAUUUUUGCUGCUAUUUUACGGCGAACAACCGGAAUCAAAGUACUCGAGUGUCAUACAUUUAUUUGCAAACGGGAAGCGGCAGCCAACGCACUGGUGCGCUGCUGUUUCCACGCCUAUGCGGACAAUUCGUACGCAAGGCAACUCGAAGGGUCUGCCGGCAGCGGAAGCUCCAACAGUGUAUACGGGACGAUCGGUGGUAAAUCAAAUGGCACGGCAGAAGGCGGUGGUUGGCGAUCACGCACCGGUAGCACCACCACGCUCAAUAGUGUUGGCGUCAACAGUCGGCAGCAGGCACCAAUUAACGGCGUUGGUGAAGCGUACACAGUGAAGAAUCUGUACGCCAGCAGCGCCGACCUCGAAGUUGUAGACGACGGCGACGGAAGUUCGCUGUACAACGGCGAUGAGAAUCACAAAGUUUGGAACGGAUCCACCGAUCAGCUGGACGGCAUCGGAGUGGGUGACAGUGGCCAUUAUGAUAUUUACUCUGGAACCGGGUCGACGCUGGGACGUCCGGUCCGGGCUCGACAGAUCAGUGCUCCGAUUCCGGUGCCACCGCCACCGAAGGAGGAGCUGAAAAAGCUAAAGAAAGAAGCCAAGAAACAGUCCAAACAACAACUACAACAGGUAGGAAGUCAAAGUCUUUCCGGCACGCUUAUAAGACCCCGACCAAUGCACAUGAAUCCACUAGGUCGACCCGGACCACCACCUCCCCCUCUCGGAGGCCACGGAGGCCAUCCGGGCAUGAUGAUGUACUCGAUGGGACCGCCUCCACCUCCGCCGCACGGCUGGCGCCAGUUUCACACUAUCGGCCACCGAAGUCUCAACGGAGCCGGCAUGCCGCCAAUGAUGCACCAUCAGAUCCCGAUGCAUCCGGGAAUGCCCCCGAUGGCCGCCAUGGUACCUCCUCAGUAUGCAACCCUACAGCAUCCUCGUAGCAGUAAGAAGAAAAAAGACAAAAACAAGAUGAACGGCGGUAUUCCGAUCGGCGUUCCGGUAGUACCUCCAAUUUUCGCUUAUUCACCUCAGCCAGGAUCGUUAAUCGAACCCCGGCCACUUUCGAUGAGCAACCGAAAGCUGGCCCAGUCAGCGGCCGCCGGACUGGAUGAGUCCGGUAACUCGGGCGCAGAGUCACCCGGUGGUACCGGCAUCUACCGGCGUAAAGGUCACCUCAACGAACGUGCCUUUAGCUAUUCGAUCCGACAGGAGCAUCGAAGCCGAAGCCACGGUUCCCUCGCUAGUCUACAGUUCAACCCGCCCGACAUGAAGAAGGAACGGGAGAUCGCCCAGAUGGUGGCCGGACUGGAGCUGAACGACGAAUCGACGCUGCAGCGGAGGCGUUCCGAAGUGAUGGCCGGUUCGUCCGGGACGUUCGGCAAACCGCGAAGAUGAAAACGGUACCGGUGUCGUCGUCGUCGUCCUGUAGGGUAGGAAGGGCUCGCUGGGUGAGGUGUACAGUUUGAAGAAAAGAUUUUUGUGGUUUUGUUCUAUUCUGAAAUCAUCGGUGAGAUCAUCUGAAAGGAUUUCUUUUAGUCUGAGGGUGUACCGCUGUGCGAUACAGUUCAAUAGGAGGUAGGAGGUGCUGUGUGCGAUUGGAAAUGGUAGAAGUGUAUGUAUGGUGGUUGGAAGAUUAAAAUUGAUACAGUAUUGAGAUUGCAAAUUUGGCUGCAACUAAAACUGCUAUAACAUGAAAAUAUAGUCAAUAAUUUCCAUAUUAAUUUUUACAAAUUAUCUACAGUGUCCCGAGGGUAACGAAAAAAGAUUGUACUGUUUUAAUCAAAACAAUUAUUUAUUACUGGGUUAUAAUUUUUUUGCUAUUACAGCACGAAGCCAAAUUAUUAAAACCGGACUUAGCCUAAACUUAAUAAUUUUCUUCUUUCAAUUUACUAGCACUCUACUGUUUCCAAUCACUCUACCAAACAUCGAUCAAAUGUGCUAUAAUUAUCAAUAUUAUAACUCAAGGUCCAAUAAAAGAACAACUGCGUCGACGUCAUUGUCAGUGUGUGGAUUUUAACUUAGGAAAAAAAACAUUUUAUCCAUCUCUGCAGUGUGCCGUUGCAGUGUAGCGGCCUGUUUAAUUGUAUCUAAGCAAAGGAGAACAAACGAAAAGUACAGUUUAAAUCCACUGCACUCAGCUCCUCCCGAUCGUUCAACCUUAGUUGGAGCAGAUCAUCGCGGAGUUUUAGUGCAUGUGUGUAGCGGCUAGGAAAACCAGCGCAGCAAUUAUUAAAAAUCAAUUACGAUAGCAAUCAUUACGGGAUUCCGUCAUAGAGUACGCGCUUCCAACCAGAAAACACGCCGCGGCCAAGACGGCCGGAAGGCGCGCUAGGAAUUCUCGGGCCAACAACCGACCAAAUUCGAAUGUACGAGUUUUAACGUUAGGAAACAUACACACAGCAUAUAUAAAUAUGAAAACAGAAACAUACACACAAACAAAAUACUUAUGGGUAAGCAUUACUAGAGAUAUACGUGCAGUAAAUUGAUUAUGAAGAAGUUAAACGUCUAAAUCGAAGAGGAGAAGAGAGAAAAUUGAUGUGCCUUAUUAAGUAAUUAGAUAAUUUAAUUAUUUACAACGAUCACGUGUUGGGCAUCCGCAAGGCGCUGCCUUGAAGAGGAAUCAUUUUAGCUUCUAGUUGAACAAUAAGGAAAACGCAGCACACGGAAUCAGCAUAUGCUGCUGAAAGUUGAAUAAUAGAGCGAAACAACCUUUAAAUUCAAGUUAAAAUUAUAUUUUUAUUAGUUGUGUAUAUUUAAAAUAAUUGGAAGAGUCAAGAAAUAAUUACACUACAAAAAAUAUCAAAAACUAGCUGCCACACAGUAAACCGAAAGGGAGAAACAAAACGACGAAAAAGCUACUCAUACUUUGACAGAUGAUUCCAUGUAAAUUUCGGGUGAAAAAAACGCCUGGGGAAUCGUAAACCAAACCCAUUAUACCUUCCUUAGGCCACACAAGCGAACUUGUUCCUCGAAAUGUGUGUUCCUUGGAGAAUGAAGAAGAAAACUUAACCGCCGCAGGCGCAGAUCACAUGAUACAGAGCUGAGUUUGUUUCUCCCUAUCGUUUUCUCUGCAGGCUGCAGCUCCACGUCUCAAAAAAACUAAGAAAAAAAAACGUUGAACGGUGGCGGCAACGUCCGACAAAAAUCACCACUUUUUAAUAACUCAUAACCUGUAUAAUUCCCCCG